AUGUUCGCUAAAACUUUUAAGCAAUUCAGUUGUUUCAACAAAAACAAUUUCAGCACAUUAGUUGUUGCUGAACAUAAUGGUGAAAAACUUAGCAAGAGCAUGUAUAAAAUUUUGAAUGCCGCCUCCAAGUUUAAGGAAGAGACCCAUUUACUCGUUACUGGAGAAAAUGUGAGCAAAGUUGUUGAAAAUAUUAAGGCUACUGUUCCUAAGGAGGUUGUUAGCAAAAUUAUUGUUGCAGAUUCUGCUCUCCUCAAGCACAACUAAGCACAAGCUGUUUCUUAGGUUAUUAGCAAUUUGAUUAACUAGAAUAAAUACAAAUAAGUAGUUGUUGAUUCUUCAUCUAGUGGUAAGGAUAUCCUCCCUAGAGUUGCUGCUAAAUUCAACACUUAACCUGCUACUGAUGUUACUAAUAUUAUUAGCAAUGACACUUUCCAAAGACCCGUUUAUGCAGGAAACGCUAUCUCCACUAUUAAGCUUACCAGUGCAACUAAAUUUUUAUCUUUCCGUGCAACCUCUUUUGAUGCCAUCAACUCUGAAUAAGCAAACAACAUUUCUGAUGUUUAGAAGGUUGAUGCUGAUAGCUUGAUUGCAAAGAAGGAUAAUUUAGUCAAACAUAUUAAAGAUGAAAUUGCUAAAUCUGAAAGACCUGAAUUAACUUCUGCUAGAUUUGUUGUUUCAGGAGGAAGAGGUCUUAAAAGCAAAGAUAAUUUCUCUAUUCUUGAAAAUUUAGCUGGUGUUUUAGGUGAAACCGCUAUCGGUGCCUCUAGAGCAGCUGUUGAUGCUGGUUAUGCUCCAAAUGAUUUGCAAGUUGGUUAAACUGGUAAAGUUGUAGCUCCUGAAUUAUAUAUUGCAGUUGGUAUUUCUGGUGCCAUUUAACAUCUUGCUGGUAUGAAAGACUCCAAGGUUAUUGUUGCUAUCAACUAAGACCCUGAAGCACCCAUCUUUUAAAUCUCUACCUAUGGUUUGGUAGGAGAUCUUUUUAAGAUAGUCCCUGAAUUGACCGAAAAAGUUAAGGCUGCUAAAUAAUGA